AAACUAUUUGAUAUUGAGUCUAUUUGAUAGUAGGCAAGGAGUCAAAAUGGCGGGCGGUGGGUGGAUAAUUUCGUUUUGUUUAUUAUUACCAUUAACAAUAGUUUAUGGUAGCAUACCAUAUUACAAUUCUGCGGAACCCGAUACGCCUAUCUAUGUGGCGAUAUUAUCAGCUAGCACCUUAAGCCGUGAGACAGCGGCCGCGCGCCUCACUGCUCUGCGAGCGGUGAUGGACGGAGCGAGGGUCGACGCUUACAUCGUACCAACAGCUGAUGCUCAUAAUUCAGCUUACAUAUCCGAGGCCGACGCGCGUCGGGAGUGGCUGUCGGGCCUCCGUGGGUCGUCGGGCACGGCGGUGGUCACCCGUGGUCGAGCGCUCGUGUGGACCGACGCGCGUUACUGGACACAAUUCGACGUUGAAGUUGAUGCGACACAAUGGGAACUUAUGAAGCAAGGUGUAGAUCUCAGUAUCCAAGCGUGGUUGGCUAACAAUAUGGCCGCCAACACAGUAGUGGCUGUCGAUCCCACCACUUACAGCAGAAGCGCCUGGCAGACAUUGGAGUCGGCGCUUUUAGCGGCAAAUGUGAAACUUGUAGCUAUUUAUGACAACUUAGUGGAUGAAGCUCGUAGGAGCCUGAAUGAUGGACCUCCUUCGAGGCUUACAAACCCUCUGCUGCCUCUUCCCGUCCAAUAUACAGGACAAACCGCGUCUUCAAAGAUUGCAGAGCUCGUUGAACAAAUGAACAGUAAUGGGGUGUCAGCCUUGUUACUGACUGCACUAGAUGAUGUUGCAUAUACUUUGAAUUUGAGAGGAUCAGAUAUUCUGUAUAACCCGCUUUUCUUUUCGUAUCUACUAAUCAGGACGAACCCUACAACGAAUGCUUUGCAAAACGUGGUCCUGUUCUGGAGUGAUGGAGUACUUUCAAGUCAAGUCAUCGCUCAUCUGGCUUCAGAAAACACAGUGGUCGAAACUAAGCCUUAUACGGAAAUAUUCGACUAUUUAAGAACUCUCUCAGUUCAGCUGGGUGCAAAUGGAAAAAUUUGGGUUUCCAGUGAAGCGAGCCAUGCUGUAUUAUUAGCUAUUGAGGAGGCUGGUACAGCUACUAUUUAUACGACAGCUGUUUCUCCCGUCGCGUUGAAGAAAUGCGUCAAAAAUGAAGUUGAGUUACAGGGUUUCCGCUUGGCUCACAUCAAGGACGGCGUAGCUCUAGUCCGCGGUCUGCACUGGGUGGAGAAACAAGUCGCAAACAAUGUCAACGUCACUGAAGUUGAAUUCUCAGAUAAAUUGGAAUAUUUCCGAAGGCUAGAAGAGAACAGUAUGGGCCCAUCCUUUGCUACUAUCGCUGGCGCUGGGGAGAACGGAGCUAUAAUACACUAUAAACCAAUGCGGGAGGGACCUCAGAGAGUCAUCAAACCUCAGGAUAUGUUGCUGGUGGACUCCGGAGGGCAAUAUUAUGAAGGUACUACGGAUAUCACAAGAACUCGUCAUAUGAGCGCAUCGCCGACGCCAGAGCAGAGACUUGCGUUCACUCGAGUUCUUAAAGGACAGAUCAAUUUAGCUACUACUGUGCUCCCUAGAGGGAUAUUUGGAAACGUAAUAGAAGUAUUAGCCCGCAAGAGUCUUUGGGACGUGGGUCUCAACUACGGACACGGGACAGGGCACGGCGUGGGACACUUUCUAAAGGUCCACGAGGGACCCAUCUGGAUACUGAGUGGUCCCGUAGCUGAGGACCCAGGGGUCGCCCCCAAAAUGAUCUACAGCAACGAACCUGGCUACUACGAAGUUGGUGAGUAUGGAAUACGUCACGAAGAUCUAGUGGAAACCAUCGAGAUGACUAAAGAUGCGGAUCAUAUUAGAGCAAAAGACUUAGUUGGCAACUUUGACGGUCGCGGCGCUGUUGGUUUCCACACGAUAUCGCUGGCGCCGCAUCAGGUAGCAUGCUUGGAUAUCAACUUGCUUACUGAUUUUGAGAUUAAAUAUUUAAACGACUAUCACGCGAGAGUUUUAUCAACACUUGGACCGUUACUCCGUGAAAAAGACGCCGAGGCUUACCAAUGGCUAGAAAAAGAAUGCGCGCCAAUUCUACGAAGCGCCGCCAUCUUAUUGCAAACGUCACCCAUUUUGGCGGCAAUCAGUAUUGUUAUUGUUUGGUUAGGUUAAUUUCUUUAAAAAUAAUUGGUGACUGAUAAACACAAAACAAAAUAUAUAUUACAAUUUAUCCCCGCAGCAUCGCCCGCUUGCAGUUUGGAUAGCUACAAAAAUAUUUUUAUCUUUCUGCGGUCGGGUAAAAUACAUAACUACCCAAAAUUCAUCAAUGCAUGAUAUUUAAAUAAUGUUUAAUGGUUUAAUAAUUGACAAUUUUAUUUUUAUAAUGGGGUAUUUUGGAAGUUAUGUGCAACUUUCAAGUGAUUUAUUGGCCAACACUAACAGUGAAGAGCC